AUGCCAGAACAUGCCCUACCGACCACGCAGGCCACGACAUCUCGUCUGGCUGAUGUCUCCCCGCUAACGGAUGUCAUCGCGUCUUCCUCGAAGGUUCCAGUCGAGCAGCUGCUUAAACCCAACUCACAAGAGUACCUCUCGAACCUAACUACCUAUGGUCUGCAAGAUCUCCUGGUCGAACCUACAACACUGCAAACUCAGUCGCAUCACCUCACCUCCAGCUUAACUUCCCUCACCCAUACAUCAUAUCCGACCUUCCUUUCACUACAUCGAACUACCAAUGCCCUAACGGCCUCCCUGACCUCCCUAUCAUCCUCUCUCGAGGCAUUAUUGAACUCGAGCCUACCAGCAUUGGAAGAUUGCGCCGCUGGGUGGAAGGAACGGACGGAGACUGUGCUGAGGGACCGAAGCAAGGCACGAGUUGUGCUGGAACAACACGAGAAGAUUAGAGACCUAUUGGAAAUCCCUCUUCUGAUAGAUACGUGCGUGCGGAAUGGCUACUUCACGGAAGCGCUCUCGCUGGUCUCGCACGCGAAGGCACUUGCUACGAAUGCGUCACUCUCGAACCAACCACCUCCACUGCUGCUUUCAUCUGUUCUCUCCGAAAUCCACCACUCAAUCAUGCAGAUGUUAUUGUCCUUGUUGACGACCCUUUACGAACCGAAUCGCAAACUCCCAGCCUUAUACAAAGCGGUCAGCUUUCUGCGCAAGAUGGAUGUCUUUGGAUCCUCAUCUCCAUUCGCCCCAGCACCGCCGCACUUGAAGGCGUCCGACAGUGAUAAAUUCUCGGAAUUCCUUGGGGACAACGUUUCCAGCGAAGAGCAAAUUGCAUUAGCAUUUCUCGUUGGCCGAGAAUCAUGUCUAAAGUCGAUCCUGGAGCCCUGCAAGGGCGAUGUCUCUCGAAUGACACAACACGGAGAGUUGGAUGAACGAGAGAAAGAAGACCUGGCGCGGUGUUUGAAGAAAUACAUCGACUUAUGGAGAGAAGGCGUGUACGAUGUCAUUACGCAGUAUACUACCAUAUUUCUCGAGAAGACAUCACCAGCGGCACUGGCCUAUCAAUCAUCCACUGCGAAGUCAAAUGGUGUUGUUACACCCUCUGAAUCCUCCACCGCAAAACAAGAAUGGCUACGGCUGCACGCCCUCAUCACCACAUAUGCCUCCCGAGCGCUUACUGCUCAUCUACUACCCAUUCUUUCGCCCAGUCUUUCGCUACUAUCAAUAUCCUUACUCCCAUCUCUUCUUACUCAGUUGACUUACUGCUCAACUGCGUUUGCUCGGGUAGGGCUCGACUUCAGAGGGCUGUUAUCCACGCUUUUCUCUCGUGCAGUUGCAGAGGUGAUCAGGCAGGAUAUGAGGAAGACGCGCGACAAGUUUGUCUCAAGGUUCCAGAUUCCAACAAGCCCGACUGGCAGGAAUAUCAACGGUGUUGUAAAGCCGAAAUGGGAACGGCCUUCAAGGUGGCUCGUCAGCACAACAACCGACCUCCCACCCGUACCAGUGACCCCCGCAACGCCUGCUUCUACAUCGACUUUCCUUAGUCAAGGCCCCCCUCACAUCCCACCGCAAAUUCUCGCCUCGUAUCCACCUCUUGCUGAAUUCACGAAUGCACUAUUGAGUGUUCUGAACGGGCUCCGUCUCCUAGCACCGACAAACAUUCUACCGACUCUAUCGCGCGUGCUGGACAACGAGGUCUUGGCGAAGAGCGGCGAAGCGCUAUUCGCGUAUAUCAAAGCCUACCGAAGCGAUUCACGCCUCGCAACGGGAACCAACGUGGACGAUGACGGUGACGAACAGGAGAGGCAGGAGGGCAUCGUCAUGGCUUUCGGCCAGAUCUACUUUGCGGUCCUCGUGCCUUUCAUGCGGAGAGCCCUUGUAGAAGGCGUGUAUGGCGUCAAGCUGGAUGCAACUUUCGAAGACGGGGGGCCGACCUUGCCGACCGUCGUGAUGGAUUGGGAAGACUAUUACCUGGAGAACGAUGAGGAAGACGAGAGCGAUAGCGAGGGUAGCGAGGAGGAAUGA